GAGCGUUGAUUGACAGGCGCUCAUCCAAUCAGAGGUAAGCAUCAGAUCGCGUAUCAGCUUCACAGGCGGGCGCUGCGCAAAAAGUGCCACGACUCCAAUAGUCUGUAAAAGUCAGCGGCGAUUCUUAAUCACUGUUAGUUGGACUGCAGGAUCAGGAUUAGGAGGGAAAGGACUGAGCAAAGAUGGAUGUGUACGACCCUCAAACUCUGGGAAUUGUGGUGUUUGGUGGCUUCAUGGUGUUCUCUGCCAUUGGCAUUACGCUUGUGUCAACUUUUUCCAUGAAGGAGACAUCAUAUGAGGAAGCCUUGGCCAAACAGAGGCAAGACUCGGACAAGAUCCAACCCCAGCGUUCUGACAAAAAGAAAAAGGCAUCUGAAAAGAAAAACAAGGCCAAGAAGAAGGAGGAGAAGCCAAAUGGGAACAUUUCAGAACCUGAGCCUGAGCCUAUCCCCGAACCUGUGGUUGAGAACAGUGAGCCCAAAGCAGCACCCCAUGUUGAACCAGAACCAGAACCGGAACCCCAACCUGAGCCUGUGAUUGUUUCUGAACCUGAAGUUAAACCCAAGCCAGUUGUACCUGAACCAGCUCCUAAGAUUGUUGAGUGUGCUGUCCCUCCCACUGUAAAUGCUGUGGUGGCCACACUUGCUCCUUCCCCCAAGGAGAAGAAAAAGAAGAAGUUGGCCAAGGUGGAACCAGCCCCAGUCAAACCUGUAGAGGUCCCAGAAGUUGUAGUUAAGGUGGAACCAGUAGUUGCAGAGGUGGCAGCGAAAGCAGCUGUUCCCCCUGAGGUUGCUGCUCCCUCUAAAGCUGAAGAAUUAAAAACUGAAGCUCCAACCAAGAAGAAGUCUAAGAAGAAGGCUGAGCCAGUGGUUUCUGUGGAAACGGUCAAUGCCCCCCAGCCGUCACCAUAUAAAACUAUGGUUUCCAUUCUGACUAGUUCAUCAUUCAACGAGUCAGAGAUACAGAAACUCUUUGAGAUCAUCAGCAAGAAAGCAGGAAAGGACUCCUGGCAGCUGGCAUCUCAGAAGGGUGACCCAUUGGCGGCAUUGAAGAAGCAGCUAGAGGAGAAGGAAAAGCAGCUGACCGCUGAACAGGGCAACGUAGCUGCAGCCAAGACCCGUGUCAGAGAGCUAACCAAGGAGCUGAGUUCUGCAAAGAGCAAGAUGACAUCCGUAGAAACCCAUAUGAGCUCUGAGUUGAGCGCCCGUGGCCAGGAGAUUUCUGCUCUACAGGCUCGUAUGCAGGAUUCCAACCAGGAGCAUGUCAAGGAGACACAACAGCUCAACAGCAAGAUCCAAAGCCUGCAAGAGCAGUUGGAGAAUGGACCGAAUGCUCAGCUGGCCCGUCUGCAACAGGAGAACUCCAUUCUCAGAGAUGCCCUCAAUCAAGCCACUAGCCAGGCCGAAAGCAGAAUGCAGAGUUUGGCAAAGUUGCGUCAGGACUGUGUGCAUCUCAACCGAGAGCUGAAGGAGCGCACGGCCGCUCAGCAUGCUGAAGAAGAGCACAGGAAGACUCUGCAAAACAGAUGGCCGGCUGCCGAAGAACAGCUAGCACAAACAAAAGUGUCCCAUGUGGAUGCAGAGCAGGCUCUGCAGAAGAAGUUGGAUCGCGUCAGUGAGGAACUCCGUGAGGCUCAGCAUGGCAGCACCACCCUUCAGGCACAAGCAGAUGCAGCAAAAGAGCAAGCCAAGACCCUCACCGAACUCCAGGAGCGUAUGUGUGCUACAGAGACAGAGCUGAAAGACAGAUGUGAAGAGCUGGAGAUACUGAGAGCACAACUGUCUCAGGAAAAGCCCUCUGUGGAGACGGAAGCAGCAGUACAGGCAGAGGUCCAGAAGGAGGUUGAACAUUUAAGGAGCAGUCUGAAAGAGAAGGAGGACCAGCUGACAUCACUGGAGGCAGAGCUUCAUCAGCUGAGGGAGGAGCUUGACACUGUAAAGAGAACUCAGGCUGAGGAAUCUCUGAAUAGGGUAAAUGAGGCCAACACAGAACGGAGGGAAUACACCGCAGAGAUCAACCAGCUUAAAACUAGUCUGAAAGAAAAAGAGGAUUUGGUGGCAGCCCUACAGGCUCAGCUGGAAAAGAUGGAAAGUGCUUAUACCAUUGAAGCAGAGCCACCGUUUGAAAAUCUGGAGAGGGAUGCGCGCAUGAUCUCACUGGAGGAGGAACUUCAACAGCUUAAAGAAGAGAUGGAGAGAAUGAAGGCCAAGAGCAAUGAGCUGCGUGAGAAGAACUAUGCUGCGAUGGAGGCUUUGGCUUCUGCUGAGAGGCUGAGUGAAGAAAGACUGAGCCAAGCCAAGGCUACACAGAGUGAAAUUGAGCAGCAGCUGAGCUCUUUUCAGACAGACACCAGAGAUGCCUUCCAGAAACUCUUCCCUCACAUCAGCAUAGAAACACAUCAGUCAAACUGGCUGGAAGCUUUCACACAUGAAGCACAGAAGACCCUGGCACACAGCCCAGCAGAACAGCAGCACACAGAGUCUAGCUCAGAUUUGACGGAUUUGCAGCAGAAGCUCGCCCUGUCAGAGGAGAGCCAGAGGUCACUUCAGGCCGAGUGUGAACAGUACAGAACAACUCUCAGUGAAACGGAGAGCAUGCUGAAAGUUCUGCAGAAGAGUGUGGAGGACGGUGAGCUUAUAUGGAAUUCAAAGAUUUCAGAUGCUGAGCAGCAAAAACAGGCGGCCCUGGAUCAGGUGAAGGUCCUAGAGGAGACGAUAGAGAAGAUAAAUGCAGAAACACAAGACACGGAUCAGCUGAAGGGGCAGGUGAUGCUUCUGGAAGCACAGCUGGAGAAACAACUGGAGUCCAUAACCAUCAGUCAAAUGUAUGCAGAAGAGAUGUCUCAGCUGAAGGCGUUGCUGUCAGAAACUCAGGUCCAGCUGGUAUCAGCCAAAGCGGAGGCUCAGGAACAGAAAGCAGAACUUUCACUGGUGAACUCACAGCUGGAGGAGGAAACAAAUAAAGUGCAGACAGAAGAGGACAUUCGACAACAGGUUGCAAACAACUACGAACAGGCUCAGAAGUGCAUCAGGGAUCUCGAGGCUCAGUUAGAAAAGCUGCAAGCUGCUGGAGAAGGACCGACUGCAGAACUAAAGGAGAGACUGGAGAAAGAGAAGAAACUGACACGAGACCUCGGCCAGGCAGCCACUAAACUUCAACAGCUCCUGAAAAGCACUCAGGAAGAGCUGGACAAAGAGACCGAGACCGUGAAGAACCUGCAGGAACAGGAAGCUGAAGAGUCUAAAGAAGGGACGUCUGUUUGAGAGAAUAAACCCAACAACCCAAGUGCCUUAAUUGUUCUUAUGCAUGAUUUACUUUUGUAUUCUCUGCUACUGUAGCAAAUAUGCUGACUGUUAUUAGCCAGUGAGGAUUGUUAAGGGAGGAAGCAUAAAAAUAUACUUUGUAAAUUCUGAUCUUUAGUUUAUUGAACACAUCCCCUGAAGUUAUCACAAAACCGCUCAGUGUUAAAAGGGAGCAGUCCUCGAGUGAAAGGUACAUGAUGCUCUUUUUAUCUUUUGUUUGCAUGUUCUCAUGAGGGUCAAUGAAAGGAACAUUUCACGAUGCAGCAAUGCAAUACAAGCUACUACACUUUUGUAGUCGGCUGGUAACAAAUGUGACGAUAAUGAUAUAAUAAUAAACUAUGUACUUGAA